UGAGCGUGGGAGAGCUGGGGAUGACUCUGUGACCUCGCCUCGACACCCUGGGAAGGCUAACUUGUCACCUGCUCCCCCGUCCUUGCAAUGGGUGACCUGACCUCGACCUGACACCCUGAGAAGCCUUGACUCCGCCUUGGCACCCUACAGAGCCUCAGUGUCACCCUAUCAUCUCUCCUUUUUGCCUGUGGGUGACCUGACUUCGCCUUGACGUUGAAGCCUUAGUCACGUGCCUUUACUUCGGGCGACCUGGCCUUCCCCCUCAGACCCCACCCACAGCCUUGGAGUCCACAAUGCACCCAAAGAGCCUUAGAGAAAUGUGCACUGACCAGAUUGUUGAAGCCACCAUCAGAUUCCAGCUCUUACACUGCCAGCCCCAGGUUGUGUUCAGUGGCGUGCGUCAGCUGUGGAUGGAUCUGUGGACCUUGAAUCGUGUCCAUAGAGAGGCUACAUCACUCCUCCAUGCACAACUGUUCAACACAAAGCAGCAGGGAGUCCCUGCCCUCACACACCUGGGGUAUGUGGUUAAAAUCUUCAACAUCUUUCCUCCCAUCUUGACACUUCUGGCAGCCGGCGCCACCGAACUACUCUUGAACCCCAGCGUAAUGGUUGUGCCCAGCGUGCCACUCUCAAGUCUCGCCGAGACCGGCAUCUUCAAUGAAUAUAAUAAUCUGGUGAAAAUCAACACUGACAUUGUUGACUUUGGGAGGCACACUGAAUUCUUUGUCCACCUGUUGCCAUGCUGCCACAGGCUGACAACCCUCAUAAUUGAGUACAACGUGACGCCCGAGAUCCUGAUGGCAGCCAGACAUUGCCCCCUGCAAGUACUAGGCAUCGACAAAAGCAAUGUGGUCCACCCAGAGGUUAUUUUUGAGGUACUGGUACAGAUCAUGCUAGGCAUCUCCCACGCUCGUCUCAAGAGGGUCUUCAACGCUUACAAGAGGGGGAAGCCAGUGCCGCUCAACCCCACGUGGCCCAACCUCAUGGAAUUAAACACGCAAAGCAUCGUAGUCUCGCAAGAGUUCCUCUCCCUUGUUCUUGUCGCUCAUCCUAACCUUCAGUUCCUGGAAAGUGAUGUGGUUCCCAUGAUGGACAUCAUUAAGCUCCAUGUCAGAAUACUUGAGAAAUUGCCCGGCCAUCCUAAGCUGUCCCUUAAAGGCAUGGUCGCCCAGUUUGGAGAAAUCCAAGAACUGUACCCUUAUUAUCCUAAGCUACAGCAGGUGAGCCUGGUCAUUCCUGCUGGUAUGGAGGGAACUGUUGAGGACCUCCUUAGGCUGGGUUGCCACCUGCCGAACUUCACUCACCUGAGGCUGACAUACAAUGGUUUCGCAAAUCCACGCCGGGUCCCCAAGACCAACCAGUUUCAAGAGUUCAUGCACCAGAUCACCGCCUUAGAGCUUGCCACCACCUCAGAAGGCCACCUGGAGGCAUGCUGGGUCGUGGCACUUCUGAGACAGUUCCCUGGCCUCAAGAACCUGCACCUGAACGACAACCACAUUUCAAACACAGAGUCAGGCAUUCCUUGGGUGAACAACUUCAAUACUGUAAUUCACCUCCAGACCUUGUGCAAAGAUAUAAACUUGACUAUGAACUUUCUGAGGAUGUUUCCAAGUCUAAAGCAACUCACACUGACUUUCUUCCCUGAUAUUGCUAUAUUCCCUUGGGAGUGCCUGGAACACCUGGAGAAGCUGAGAAUAUUGCAAGUGUUGGCAUACAAAAUGAAUAAUAUCCUUGACCUGUGCAACGUGCCACGACAGACCCCUGAUGACGAGCCCUGGAUCCUGGGCGUGCCCGUGAGACACAUGCCAAAGUGGGUGGCAAGGAAGCUGCAGUGCGCUGGUUGGACCUGGCGGUCUCUGUCGGACAUGCAAUUUGAGGCACAGAGCAACACAAAAACUGAUCAUGAGUUUAGACAAGAGGCACAGAUCAUCAGCUUUCAGAAGAAGCAUUAG